UGCGCUUGACGCACCGCGCAGACAGCCCAGACGCGGCGGCGACAAUCACGGAGGAAUCUGACCGCGCGGCACCGCUCGGUUCUCCGGGAAGUCAGAGCCCCGCUGCCCGCCUGUACGGUCGCUCAACCCGGCGUUCUCUCACGGAUACAACCGGACACACGCACACGAGCAGCGGAGAGGCGGAACACUAUGGCGACGCUGGGACCGGAGUCGGCUCGUCCAGCUCUCGGUUCUUCCCCGUCGGUCCAGACGCACCUCGGCAGCGCCAACCUGCCGCCCAACCGGGGCUUGGAGCGGGCGCUGGAGGAGGCGGCGGCCAGCGGCGUCCUCAACCUCAGCUCCCGAAAGCUAAAGGAGUUCCCCCGGACGGCCGCCAACCACGACCUGACCGACACGGUGGAAGCAGACCUGUCGAAGAACCGGCUCACAGACGUCCCCUCAGAGGUCUGCCACCUGGUCGCCUUGGAGACACUAAACCUGUACCACAACUGCAUCAGGACCAUCCCAGACAGUGUCAUCAGCCUGCAGUCGCUCACCUCCGUAAACCUCAGUCGUAACCAGCUGGGCUCUCUGCCAGCCUGUUUGUGUGGUUUACCUCUGAGAGUCCUCAACGCCAGCAACAACAAACUGGUCAGCCUGCCGGAGACCAUCGGACAGCUGCACAGCCUCAUGGAGCUGGACAUCAGCUGCAACGAAAUCACGGCUCUUCCUCGGCACAUCGGCAGACUCAAAGCGCUACGAGAACUAAACGUUCGCCGAAACCUUCUCUGCGUGCUGCCAGAAGACCUGGCCGACCUUCCUCUGGUGAAGUUCGACUUCUCCUGUAACAAGGUUUCCACCAUCCCAGUGUGUUACAGGAAAAUGAAACAGCUUCAGUCGCUCCAGCUAGAAAACAACCCGCUGCAGAGUCCACCUGCACAGAUCUGUAUAAAGGGUAAAGUUCACAUAUUCAAGUAUCUGAGCAUCGAGGCAUGUCGCAGUGAGAAGAUGCCCGACUCGCUCUACCUGCCCGUCAUCGAGCGACUCAGCCUAUCACGGCCCACCGCUGGCAGCGUGGAGGACAUGGAGCAGCAGAAGAAGCAGGACAGCGAUUCAGGCGUCGGCAGCGACAACGGAGACAAGAGGCUGUCGGCCACCGAGCCGUCAGAUGAAGACAGUCUGAGUCUGAACGUACCGAUGAGCAACAUCACCGAGGAGGAAGGAAUCAGCAAAGACGACUCCAGCGAACACAUCAGCUCACUGUCAGCCGACCCUAACUCGGACUCGGUGCGUCUGAUUGAGGAGAGUCCUACGGAAGCCCUGAAGGACCAGUUCAGCUACAGAGACUCGGCUCUCAGCACUCGAUUCAUCAACUACAUCAAGGGUCGGACGGCGACGGACUUCGACGAGCCCCUCAGGAUAGAAGAAGACUCACACUGGCCGACGGAACAGACGUCCAGAGUGAGUCGGAGCAAAGAGCUCCACAUUGACAUGAUCAACCAGCUGAAGGAGGCUGUGGAGCUGCUGCAGGACCCCAGCAGAGUGAACACGGAGGAUGAUCUGUCUGGAGUCCAGCUCUACCCGGUGGAGAUGGUCACCGUGGACGAGUCGCUCAAUGGGCAGGACAGCGACGACGGCGCCACAACACCGAAGCAGCGCAUGGAUGAAGGAGGCUAUGAGUUCCAGAAGAAGAGACAGAUGAUUCUAGAGAAGGCCAGGUUUGAGGCCCAGCUUGCAUGCCGGGAGUAUGAAUGGCAUAUGUCGCUGCAGCGAGAUGACAGGUCGCCUGGCAGUGGACAUCCGUCCUUCUCCAGCCCGCCGUUCGGACUGAAGCCCCGCUCAGCCCCGCCCUCGCUGCCCUGCUCGCCCCCUUCUUCCUGUCUCGACCCCUCCCUCCUCCCACAGGCCUCGCCCUUCCAUAGAGAUACAGCUCGUAGCCAUGACGACGGAGGCAUGAACAGCCGCGUUUUCCUGCGGAGCCACAAGAGUCUGGAGUCGGUGGAUCCUCAGUUCACGAUGAGGAGGAAGAUGGAGCAGCUGCGAGAGGAGCUGGAGCUCAUGGAGCAGCUGAGAGACAGCAUUGAGAGCAGACUGAAGGUCGUCCUCCCUGAAGACCUCGGCUCGUCUCUGAUGGACGGCGUCGUCCUCUGCCAUCUGGCCAAUCACAUUCGCCCGCGGUCCGUCGCCAGCAUCCACGUCCCCUCACCUGCAGUGCCCAAACUCAGCAUGGCCAAGUGUCGGAGGAAUGUGGAGAACUUCCUGGAUGCCUGCAGAAAAAUAGGUGUACCAGAGGACAAACUGUGUCUCCCUCACCACAUCCUGGAGGAGAAAGGUCUGAUGAAGGUUUGCGUCACGGUUCACGCUCUGGUGGACGAGGCGUCACCCAAACUCUCCCUGCUGACGUGAGCGACGGCAAACGGAGCUUCCAGCGGCCGACACGUACAACAAACACACCUGGAUCCUAACACUGAGUUCACACGACGCUACGGCAUCCUCCUUCGAGUGUUUUUAGUAUAUUUAAGGGUGCAAAGUGGUGUUAAGGGAACUAAAACUCAUCAGAAAUGGAUUUAUUUACUAAUUCAUUAGAGAGCCUGAUGGGAUCCUGUUUAUUCAGGUAAACACAAGAAACACAAACUGAAGGGCAUAAAUCCAACUGUUUUGUUCUGGACUUGAUUCCAAAAUUCUUACACUGGCUGGUACCAAACAUUUAAAAGAAAUGCUGACUGGAAGAGAAGUCUGAUUUUGAGAAUAAAGUCAAAAUAAUUCUGGAAAAAAAUCGAUAAAUGGGAUAAAAUGGUGUCUUUUUAUGGGAUUAUUCAGAAUUAUUUUGGGAAUGUGUAUGAUUUUACUUGAAAAAGUUUUAAGAUUAUGAUGCAAAGUUGUAAUUUUACAAAGCAGGGCUUUAUCUUUCACUGUAAAAACUACAUUUUUCGUAAAAUUACAACUUUAUUGUUGUAUAUAACUUAUUUUGCAAAGAUUUUAGCUUUAUUCUGUCUCAGAAUAUGCGACUUUAUUCUCAAAAUCUCCAUAUUUUCAUUCCCUAAGUGUGGCUCUCUAAUAAUCUGCGAUUUUCCUCCAAAUUCGAUGCAGUUUAUGAAGUUUUUUUUUCAUUCUGAACCAUUUAUUUCAGUGUAAAAGCACCGACUUCACCGGUUUAUUUCAUGCUGUCUAUGCACACUUGACAAAUCUCUACAAUAACUUUGAUAACCGUCAGUUUUCUGUCUGCAGAUCUUAGAAUUUCUUCUACUGAGUGACGAGUUUCUGGACUGUGUUGAGUAUUUUCACUCUCAGAAGAGAAUAAAACCAAAAUACUAUAGUCUUAACGUAGAUGGCUUUUAACCACGAUUUAUAUUUAAACAGGAAGAUAUUUAUGAGUCGAUGUAUACAGUCAGAAAGAAAUAGCCCAGAAGUAUUUUUCUCUAAUAUAUUUUAGGUAGAGCUGUAUGUUUUCUAAGGUUUUGCUAUGACUGUGUGGAGCUCUGUGCACGUCCCUGCAGCAGGUCGGUGUGGGGACACUAAUCCUCAGUAAUCGGUCGAAGCCAGUCCAGGUAACGUUAGUUUGGUCGUUUCUUUCACCUGCAUCCCAUCACUCGGUGUUCACGGGGAAGCUUCUACUUGAUGUUUGUAUGAGAUGCAGUUUGCUAAUGUGCCAAAACACGUGUGGUGGUGAUAAGAGCGAACACAAGCAAAACACAAGUCACCAAGUUUCAAGGGCAAAUAUCACUUUUAAACAUGGAAAGUCAUGGAUGGAUGAUUGAACAGGGGCUACAGGGGCCGAAGGGGUCAGUGAUUGGUAAAGAUUUCUUGACAAUAAGUCAAACAAGAAAUCUGAAAGCAACUUUAAGCGACCACCAAGAGACAAAGAAAAGACUGCAAAGAUCUGGAAAAUGGCUAAAAAAGACAAAAAGAGACACAGAGAACCCACAGAUACUAAAUUUGACUACAAAGAGUUGGAAAAGACCCCAAAAAGACAGAAAGUGACCACAAAGAGAUACAAAACAAUGGCAGAGACUCAAUGUGACCAAAACAAGAUGGAAAAGACCUCAGAGAAACAAAAUUACCACAAAAAUAAACCACACAGACUCAACAAGACUACAAAAAGAUGGAAAGUGACCACAAUGAGACACAUAAUACAACAAAGAGUUGCAAAAACAACCACAGAUACUCAACAAAGGUGAUAAAGAUGAGUAAUUAACCACAAAGAGAUGAAGAUCUCAGAGACACAAAGUUACUAAAAAGAGACAAAAAAAGACAACAAAGAAACACCAAACUACUCCAACAAUACUCAACAUGACAGCAAAGAAAUAUAAAAGACCCCAGAAACACUAAGAACCACAAAAAAACUGAAAAAGAUCAUAAAGAGACAGAAAACAACCAGAGACUCGAUAUGACAACAGUCAGACAGAAAAUGGCCACAAACCAACACAUGACCAAACCAAGACUCAACAUGAUUGCAAAGAAAUUGGAAAUGACCACAUACUAACACAAAAUGACCAAAAAGAGAUAAAAAUACCACAAAAGGACAGAAAACAACAACAGAUACUCAGUAUGACUACAAAGAUGGAGAAUGACAACAGAACAACACAAUGGAACUACAGAGAGAAGGGAAAGACCUCAAAGAGUCUCUAAACUAUCCCAGCAAGACUCGACAAAGAGCUAUAAACAACCUCAGAGACACAAACUGACCACAAAAAGACAGAAAAAGAUCUUACAUAGACAGAAAACAACCACAGAGACUCAAUAUGACCACAAUCAGAUGGGAAAUGACCACAAAGACGCAAAACUACCAAGCAAGACUUGACAUGAUUGAAAAGAGAUUGAAAAUGACCACAAAAAGAGAGAAAUAAAAAUCCCACAAAAGGACAGAAAACGACAACAGAUACUCAAUUUGACUAUGAUGAUGGAUGGACUACAGUGGCCACAAAGAGACACAAAGUGACUGCAAAGAGAUAAAAAAACGUAUAGAAACUAAAUGACCACAAAAGACAACAAAGAGUCUCUAAACUACCCCAGCAUGACUCAACAUGACGACAAAGACUCAUUGUGACCACAAUCACGUGAAAAAAUUACCACAAAGACACAAAACUACCAAAGCAGGACUCAACCUGAUUGGAAAAACAUUGCGAACUACCACAAAAUGAACACAAAAACAGCCACAGAGACUCAACAUGACAACAAGGAGAUAGAAAAUAAUGAUAGACAUGAAAAAUUACCACAAAGCAAAAGGGACUACAAAGACAUACAAAAAUACCCUAAACAGACCCAAAAAAAAAAAACCACAAGAUACUCACCUACAAAGAUUGAAAAGGGCCUCAGAGACACAAAGUUUUCAACAAAAAGUACCACAAAUGGACACAAAAUAGCCUCAGAAAUUCAACAUGACCUUAAAGAAAUGGUAAAUUACCACAAAAAGACACAAAACAACCACAGAAGCUCAACAUGUCUAUAACAAGAUGGAAAGGUAUCAUGAAGAGACAGAAAGUGACCACAAAGGAGCUGAAUGUGGCGACAAAGUAAUUGAAAAGAACCUCAGAAUGACCCCAAAGAGAUGCAAGAUUACCAAAAAAAAGAUGCAUAACAUCCCCUAAAGCUCAACAUGACCACAUCAAAAUGGAACAGGACCGUGGAGACACACACAAUGACCACAAAGACACGGAAGAUUACUGUAAACCACAAAAACAAAUCACAAACUGACACCAACAUGUGUCCAUCUUCCAUGUCGGUACCAGGAGCCCUUUGUUCAUGAAUCCAUCCAUGACUCAUGAUGCAUCACCUGUAUUUCUGCCUGAACACCUGCAGAGUCGGUCUGGAUUAUUAUGACGCCUGUUGGGUCGGUAAACACUCACGUAGCUCCAUCUCCGGCUAAAUCAGUCUGGACUCAGGAGGAACUUUUACACGUUUUUAAAACUACUUUUUUUUAAAAAUCAACUGACUUUCAAAAACUCGUCCGAUUAUCUUCUAGCUAAAGUUCCUCUGAGUCUGUUCAGACUCUGAGGUUUCAUCCAGCGUUGUGGCUGUGAGGUGGCAGAUGAUGUGACUCAGAUCAGGUUUUUAUUCCACUGUUGAUGUCUCAUUUCCAACCUGCUACGUCAACAGUAUUGGUAUGCAAGUGUGAGAAAGUGUGUGAAAACGGGAAAGUUCAAAUUAUGUGGCACAAACCAAGACUUUAAAGGGACAGUAGGUAGUUAUUCACCUUUAUUUUUCUACUGUGAGAUCAGUUUUAAAUACAUUUUUAUGAACAUUUUCAAGUUUGGCAGCAGAAAAGUUAAUACAACUACAAAAAAACAUAAGAAAAUAGCCAAAAAUAAAUAUUUUACACUCACUUGAGGUAGUUUUUGCACUUUACGGAAGAUAAAAACUGAUUAAAUUCUGACAUAACUCAUAUUAAUGAAUGUGAAUAAAUGAUUUUUGAAAAAUAUCCCGUUCAGAAAGUAAUAAAAAAAAAGAAAUUUUACUAAAUCUAUCCAUAUUUGUUUUAAAAUAACACCUUUACUUUAAAUAAAACUUUUAAUUACUUCAAGUUUUAAUAAAAAUUGAAUAAACAUUUCCUCCCACAGUCCAAAAAUAUGCUGAGAUUAAUUGGUUACUCUAAAUUGCCCGUAGGUGUGAAUGUGAGUGUGAUUGUGUGUCUGUAUAUGUAGCCCUGAGACAGACUGGCGACCCUAGUGAGGAUAAAGCGAUGGAUGGAUGGAUGGAUGGAUGGAUGGAUGACCCCAAAUGGUGUCAGAUCUUUAUAUCAGACAUGAUUAGUGCAAAGAUCAUCAGAAAGUUUUUAAAAAAAUCUCUCUUUUUACAGUUUCUUGCUGAUAAAUGGUGGCUUUUUCGCCUUUUUUAUAGAAAGAUUAUUUUUUUUUAACCCUGUGGCAUGUUUGGUGUUCAGAGGAUUAAUAUGAAAUAACACCCAAAUGAAAUAAUACUGACCGAAGUCAAAAAAUAACAAUUUGAGUUGAAACUAAUACAAAAAAAAAAAUCAACGCCGCCCUCUACAGGCAGCGAGGAGGAACUACAGGAGCAGAGGAAAACAAGGACUUUACACCACAAGUUAAACUGUGAAGCAGAAAGAAGUGAAAAUUCUUUACUUUUAGACUAAUUUUCCCCUAAUAAACGUUGCUGUAGUUGUAUUUUUUUUAAAUCACAAAUCUAUUGUCUCUUUAAAGCCAAAGUCUUAAAACUAGAAUUUGACCACAUGAAGUGUUCAACUUGCAGGUUUGUGUGAAUGAGUGUUCAAAGUUGUUGUUGUUUUUGUGCAGCUUCGUAUCCAAAGCUUGAGCUACUUAAAGAUUCAGCAGUAAAAUAUGAAUAAAAAGGAUCAAAAAAAGAAAGAAACAAACCAACGAGUAGAUAAAGAAAUGCUUCCACUGGAGAGAUUCGACAGUUGCCAAAACAAACCUUUUCCCUGCGGCGUUAAAGGCUUUAUUUAAAUGUACUAUUAAUCUGUGUACAUAUUAUUUAUCACGAGGGUUUGCUGUUUGUUCCUGUACUGUACAUUCACCAUAAAACACUCACAUCAGCAAACUUUAAGCGCCUGUCCGUCAUAAUCACGCAUAAAAAAUACAGAAAUGUUCACAUAUUUCAACACUAUGGCAGCUGGGAGAAGAAAAAAAAACAAAAAGCAGCAUAUUCUGAUGUAUAUGUGCUGGUAUUUUCUACAAGACAGUAUUAAUAUUCCUCAGUAAAGAGCAACAAAUGAUUAUACACACAUCUCUGAUGUCAGAUUUAUAAAAAUAAUCCCAAAUUACAUCAUUAAAUAACAUUUCUGAGGGUUAAACUGUUGGUUUUUGUGCUGCGAGAUAAAUAAAUGUGCAUUUAAUUCUAGAUUUUUGCUCAUAGUUUCCACAUCGCCACAGUGUUUCAGAUUUUUAAAAAGCAAUAAAAUCAAACUGGCUGCUUCCAGACAGAAUCUGCACUUUAAUCUAUUUAUAUCUUUGUUUUGGCAACUGAGAGGAUCUGAAAGCAACGUUUGAACAGAGUUUAAAUGUGAUGCUGGUUGUAAAUUGUGUAAAUGUGCCUGCUGAAGCAGUGUCGUGUCAUUUUGUAAUGUCUCCUUUUUUGUAUAAAGAUACCCGCCUGUAUUUCACAGUUUUGUACUUUUUCUGACUUUGGGAGCAAAUUUUAUUUUUCUGUGAUUCUUUUCGGGUUUGUUGGACUUUUUUCGAUGUAACGGAACCCUUUUGUAACUCUUUGUGAAACCUUUUGUGUAAUUUUGUUGUACAGCAACUUAAAUCUAUGUGCAUGAAGCGUCUCUGUAACGUCGCCUUAACUGCUGUGAAUACUGUAAAUAGUUUACUGUAUUUCUCAUCACUUUAUCAGUAAAGACGUCACCUGUCGAAAACAA